AGCUGAUCCCACAAGUCGAGUUCCUUAAGAGUUCUCAGCGCUGCUCGGACACUUUCACACUCUCCUUCACUUUCCAUCAGGCGAAUCACUUCCAUCCAAUGUCUCGGCAAUGCCCUCGAUGCUGAAGUCUGGUGCGUCUGGUGCCGGUAGGAAAAUGAGCCCUGGACGUUGUUCUCUGCUACUGGUGAGGCUCUUUCUCCUUGGGGUUUUGUCCAGAGCCCAGGAUGUGGCUGAGUCCGGGACUGAGCCCGUCCCUCAGGGCGCCUCCACCCUCGCCUUCGUCUUCGAUGUCACCGGCUCCAUGUACGACGACCUGGUCCAGGUGAUCGAAGGAGCCUCCAAAAUCCUGGAGACGUCCCUGAGCCGGCCCAAGAGACCCCUGCACAACUUCGCCUUAGUGCCCUUCCACGACCCAGAGAUCGGCCCGGUCACCAUAACGACGGAUCCAAAGAAGUUUCAGAAUGAGUUGAGGGAGCUGUAUGUGCAGGGAGGUGGAGACUGUCCAGAGAUGAGCAUUGGAGCCAUCAAGAUCGCCUUGGAGAUCUCGUUACCUGGAUCCUACAUAUACGUCUUCACAGAUGCCCGCUCAAAAGACUACAAGCUGACGCAUGAGGUCCUUCAGCUCAUUCAGCAGAAACAAUCUCAGGUGGUGUUUGUGUUGACGGGUGACUGUGAUGACAGAUCACACAUCGGCUACAAGGUCUAUGAGGAAAUAGCCUCCACCAGUUCAGGACAAGUCUUCCAUCUGGACAAGAAACAGGUCAAUGAGGUUCUGAAAUGGGUGGAGGAGGCAGUGCAGUCCUCAAAAGUUCAUCUGCUCUCCACUGACCACUAUAAUCCGGUCAGCAACACCUGGCAGAUCCCCUUUGACCCCAGCCUAAAGGAGGUGACAGUUGCCCUGAGUGGACCAGCCCCAGGCAUUGAGAUACGCAACCCUCAAGGGAAACUAAUUGGGAGCAAAGACGGACUGACAGAACUUCUUCACAUCCCCAACUCUGCCAAAGUCCUUAAUCUCAAAGAUCCAACCCCAGGAAUGUGGUCCAUAAAGACAAUCAGCGAGGGUCGACACUCGGUCCGUAUCACAGGGCUAAGCACCAUUGACUUUCGAGCUGGAUUUUCCAGGAAACACACACUGGAUUUCAAAAUGACUUCCAGCAGACCUGUGCAAGGUAUCCCCACCUUCAUCUUGCUCAACACCACAGGGCUGUCCCAUCCUGCACGUGCAGAUCGUCUUGAGCUGCUGAGCAUAAAGGGUGAAGUGAUGAAGACAUUACCCAUUCGCUACUACCCCGAUCGCAAACCCUACAGCAUCUGGAACAUCACAGAGUUUGUGCCACCCAGUGAAGCCUUCUUCCUUAAAGUCACGGGAUAUGACCGUGAUGGCUAUCUCUUCCAAAGAGUCUCCAGUGUCUCAUUCUCCAGCAUAGUUCCUGAUGCCCCCAAAGUGAUCUUGCCCUCUGUCACCCCGGGUUACUACUUACAGAAAGGUGUUAUCACCUGUCAUGUGGACAGUCUGAUUCCCUACACUGUGCGUUUCACUCGGGAGGGUGAACGUCUGGGUGUGGACCAGCUCUUCAGGGAGUCAUCAAAUGCAUCAUGGGAGAUAGCUGAGGUAUCUCUAAAAGAUGAGGGCUUCUAUGAGUGCAUCGCCAUCAGCAGUGCUGGAACUGGACGAGCCCGGACCUUCCUGGAUGUGUCUGAGCCUCCUCCAGCCAUCACAGUACCAUUUAAUGUAACAGCGUCUCCAGGCUCUGUGGCCUUGCUAUCCUGUGUGGUGGCCAGCACAGUGCGCUUUAACCUGACUUGGCAGCGUGGCAGUGUGAACAUUCGGCCAGACGCUCGCACCCGACUCACCACCAACCUUUCCCUUGAGAUCCAACGGGUGACCCCGGAUGAUGCUGGCUGGUAUGGUUGCAUCGCUGCCAAUGAGGGUGGAGUGUCUGCCUCUCGUGUCUACCUGAGUGUUCAAGCCCCACCCGUGGUAUCCGUAAACCCACAGAACCAAACCUUCAGUACAGGGGAGGAGGUGUGGAUCAGGUGCUCAGCUAAGGGCUACCCCAAGCCCACAGUGGUGUGGACCCACAAUGACAUGUUCAUCAUGGGCUCCAGCAGGCAUCGGAUGACGCCGGACGGUGCAUUGGUCAUCAGGAACACGGUGCAGAAGGACGCAGGGGCGUAUGGCUGCCUGGCCAGCAAUGUGGCAGGGACAGACACCCAAUCUGCCCUUCUAAGCUACAUCGAGUCUCCACAGGUGACUGUCCCGCAGAGCAGACUGCUGACAGGUUUAGGACAGACUGUCAUCAUGGAGUGUAAAGUAACAGGAAUACCUCAGCCAGAGGUUCUGUGGUACAAAGGUGACCAGCAGGUGAAGACGUCACUGUUUGUGAGCGUGAAUCCAGAGAGGGGCACUCUGAGCAUCCGACAGACAGAAGAUGCAGAUGCCGGAGACUAUAUCUGUGCAGCAGUCAACCUGGCAGGCACCGCACAGGGGAAGAUCACACUGGAUGUGGGCUCUGCCCCUCAGUUCACGAGGCAGCCAUCUGAUGUGGCUGCAGACAUCGGCUCAAACAUCACCUUGCCUUGCCACGCCCAGGGCCACCCAGAGCCACGCCUUACCUGGAGACGAGAGGACAACUCUGCCCUUUUCUCUGGUCGCCAUAGCCACAGCACUGUGACUCAGAAGAGGAAUGGAGACCUGCUGAUCACCAGCCUCGGGGUGGAAGAGGCUACCACUUAUUUAUGUGAAGCUCAAAACCAGUUUGGCAAAAUCCAAGCCAAGGCCAGUGUCACUGUCACAGGGCUGGUCUCUCCUGUGAUAGCGCUGAGUCCUGCAGAGGUCAGUGUGAUAGAGGAGCAGCAGGUUACUCUGCCCUGUGUGCUGCUGGCUGGAAACCCACUUCCUGAGAGACAUUGGCUCCAUGAGAACACACUGGUGACAUCAGGCCCGUAUGUGAGUAUCCGACGUGAUGGCAGUCUGCAUAUUGAGCGAGUCAGUGUGCAGGACGAGGGCGAGUAUACUUGUGUGGCUGAAAACGUGGCAGGGUCCAGCAACCGGACCACCACUGUCCACAUAUAUGUGAUGCCCACUAUACAACAUGGCCCACAAGUGUUCAGUACCAUCGAGGGAACACCCAUUUCUUUGCCAUGUCAUGCCCAUGGAGUGCCCAAACCAGACAUCACCUGGGCUAAGCGCGGGAAGCUGCUGGAUCUGAGCAGUGGGCUGUUCUCUCUGGAGGAGGACGGCAGUCUGCACAUCGCCUCUCCCAGCGGGGAAGAGUCCGGAGAGUUUGUGUGCACAGCCACUAAUGCAGCCGGAUACAGUUCCAGAAAAGUCCAACUCACUGUCUAUGUGAGACCCAGGCUGAGUGGUGGUGGACCAGGAGAUCUGUUAGAAAUGUCUGUAAAGCUGGGUGAGGAUGUGACGCUGCCCUGUGAAGUGCAGAGUGUUCCACCCCCCAUCAUUACCUGGGCCAAAGACAAGCAGCUCAUCUCUCCUUAUUCCCCCAGGCACACUCAGCUGCCCUCUGGCUCCAUGAAGAUCACAGAGGCACGCGUGACAGACAGCGGCAUGUACCUGUGUGUGGCCACCAACAUCGCUGGCAACUUCAGCCAGGCUGUCAGACUCAGUGUCCUUGUUCCUCCCAGUAUCCUGGCUGGUCCGCGUGUCAUGAAGGUUCAAGUGGGGCAUUCUGUAGACCUGCCCUGCGUAGCUCAGGGGGUUCCCGUUCCCUCUGUGAGCUGGCUGAAGAACAGUACCACUCUAGUGCCGGAUGGGGCUCGGUACAGGUUGUCCACUGAUGGAACGCUGACUCUCCGACAAUUGACAGUGCCUGAUGAGGGAGUGUACACCUGUGUGGCCAGCAAUAUUGCCGGGCAGGAUGAGGCCAGCAUUCAGCUGCAGGUGCAAGUUCCUCCAAUAGUGGAGAUAUUAGAACCCCCAUUCAACAGCCCUCUACAGGAGAGAGUGGCUAACCAGCGCAUUGCCUUCCCUUGCCCUGCCAAAGGUUUGCCCCAGCCAGUGAUUAAGUGGUUUAGGAAUGGUCAGGAGCUGACAGGCAAGGAACCAGGAGUGUCCAUUCUCGAGGAUGGCACCCUUCUUAUCCUGGCCUCAGUGUCACCACUGGACAAUGGAGAAUAUACCUGCAUGGCUGUCAACGACGCUGGCAGCACAGAGAAAAAAUACCAACUCAAAGUUAACGUGCCCCCUGACGUGCAAUUUGGCAGCCUGCCAACCAAUGUGUCCGUGAUAAUGAGCCAGCCCACCAGUUUGGUGUGUGCUGUCAGUGGCACACCUCCACCAGUCAUCACUUGGUAUAAAGAUGGAGUGCCGGUGGUUGCUAGCAGUAAUGUGCAGAUCCUGCAAAGAGGAAAGACUCUGAGGCUGUUGAAGGCUGCUACAGCUGAUGCAGGCCACUACAGCUGCAAGGCCAUCAACAUAGCAGGAAGCACUGAGAAGGACUUCUAUCUGGAUGUGUUGGUUCCUCCUACUAUCAUUGGAAGUGGCGGGUCACGUGAUCUCUCUGCUAUUCUCAAUCAGGAGAUCAGCUUGGAGUGCAGGGUCAAAGGCGUGCCUUUUCCCACAGUUCAGUGGUACAAAGACAGGAAGCCAGUGUUUUUGGGAGACCCAAACAUUGAAGUGUCAGACCGAGGCCAGGUGUUAAAAAUAAAGAGCGCCCGUCUGGGAGACCAGGCCCGAUACCAGUGCAGUGUGACUAACUCCGCUGGAAAACAGUCCAAAGACUUCAACCUCAGUAUCUAUGUUCCGCCCAGUAUAAAGGGAGGGAAUGUGACCUCUGAGGUGACAGCUCUUCUGGAUAACUUGGUUACUCUGGAGUGUGAGGCUCGCGGUGUGCCCCUCCCCGCUAUUACCUGGUAUAAGAAUGGCGAGGCGAUCCUGUCUAGCAGACAAGCCCAGUAUGUGGAGCGUGGUCAGUACCUGAAGAUCCCCCGGGUGCAGGUGUCUGAUGCUGGCCGCUACACUUGCAAGGUGACUAGUGUGGCUGGCACAGCUGAAAAGGCUUAUGAGCUAGACGUUUAUGUUCCCCCUUCCAUCACUGGAGAUUCUGACAGCCCUGUGGAGAAGAAGGUUGUGGUCAAUAAAGCUCUGACGCUGGAGUGUGAGGCGGGAGGUCACCCUAUACCCUCCCUCACAUGGCUGAAGGAUGGUUCUCCCGUGAAAGCCGGGGAAAACCUACAGGUUCUAGAACAGGGCCGAAAGAUCCAGAUCAUGAAUGCUGUACCCUCUGACGCUGGCCGAUAUGUCUGUGUAGCUACAAGCCCUGCAGGGGAGAUGGAGAUCAAGUAUGACGUCAACGUUUUAGUGCCACCCACUGUAGAUGGUGCAGACGAGAACACAGAUGCUACAGUCGUCAUCAAUAGCCUUUUAGAACUGGAGUGUCAUGCCACAGGCACACCUACACCCACCAUCACGUGGCUGAAGGAUGGAAAACCUGUGAGGCAAGGCGAAGGGGUGAGGAUAACGGCUAACGGCCGUCGUCUGAUCAUCUCACGUGCUCAGGUCUCAGACACGGCGCUAUUCCAGUGUGUCGCCACAAAUGAAGCAGGAGAACAGGAGAGAGGCUUUAAAGUAGCAGUACAUGUCCCUCCAACAAUUCGAUCUACUGGUCCUGCUGAACGCUCAGUGAUCCUUCACAAUUCCAUGAGUCUUCAGUGCGUGGCCAGUGGUGUUCCAGCUCCCAGUAUCACCUGGCUCAAAGAUGGACGCCCCAUGGACACCUCGCAGGGCUUAGUUAAGCUGGAGUCUGCUGGCAGAGUUCUGCAAAUUAAGGAGGCCAGAUUGGAGGAUGCUGGAAAAUACACUUGCGUAGCCACGAAUGCGGCAGGAGAGGCCCAGCAGCACAUUCGCCUUAGUGUUCAUGAGCCUCCCAGCAUCCAGUUCGCUGGAGACACUGUCAAUCAAACUAUCUUGGCCGGAUACCAAAUCCAGCUGGAGUGUAAAGCCUCAGGGCGUCCUGUGCCAGCUAUCACCUGGUAUAAGGAUGGUCGGCCACUGACUAGUGCAGCAGGGGUGAGCAUUCUGAACCGAGGACAGGUGCUGGAGAUUGACCGGGCACAGGUGUCCGACGCUGGACUCUACAAGUGUGUGGCUGUGAGCGUGGCCGGCAAAGCAGAACUUACACACAGCCUGCAGGUGUAUGUCCCACCCUCCAUCUCCAGUAAAGGGGGAAUGGUGACAGUGGUGGUGAAUGACCCAGCUAGGCUGGAGUGCGAGGCAUCAGGUCUCCCUGUGCCCAGCCUCACCUGGCUAAAAGAAGGCAGUCCUGUCUCCAGCUCCUCCAAUGGCAUCCAGGUACUGGCUGGAGGUAGGGUGCUAUCCUUCAGCAGUGCUCAGGUCAGUGAUACAGGGCGUUAUGCCUGCGUGGCGGUUAAUGCUGGUGGAGAGCAGCAACGAGAGUAUGACCUGCGUGUUUAUGUGCCGCCCAACAUCAUGGGUGAGGAGGUGAACAGCACAGUUCUGAUUGGCCAAUCGGUGGAGCUACGCUGUCAGAGCGAUGCCAUCCCCCCGCCCACUCUAAGCUGGCGUAAAGAUGGACGACCGCUCUACAGGAAGCCAGGAAUGACUGUAUCUGAGGAUGGCAGUGUACUGCAGAUUGUGAGUGCCCAGUUGCAAGACACAGGCAGAUACACAUGUGAGGCCACGAACAUAGCAGGCAAGAUGGAGAAGAACUACAACCUGAACGUGUGGGUGCCCCCUAGUAUCCGUGGCUCUGAUGAGGUGUCUCGUCUCACUGUGACUGAGGGUGGACUUAUCACUCUGGUCUGUGAGUCCAGUGGCAUCCCGCCUCCCAGCCUCACCUGGAAGAAAAAUGGCUCGGAGCUGAAGGCAGACUCUCGUGUGCGUGUGCUGUCUGGUGGCCGACAGCUGCAGAUCUCCAGUGCUGAGAGGACUGAUGCUGCCUCCUACACCUGCCAGGCCUCCAGCGCCACCGGCAGUGCUGUCAAGGACUACAACCUGCAAGUCUACGUUCGUCCCUCUAUCAGUACAUCAGACACAGGAGAAGUGACAGUGGUGAGGGGGGGUGAUGUGACCCUGCAGUGUGAGGCAGAUGGGGUGCCCAGGCCUGCAGUCACCUGGCUGAAGGACGGCAGGCCCCUAGGUGCUGGAUCUGGAGUGCAGGUCCUCAGUGAGGGCAGACUUCUCCACAUUAAAAACGCUCAGGUGUCCCACACCGGCCGAUACACCUGCAUUGCCGUCAACGUGGCUGGACAGGCUGACAGCAAGUAUGAUGUCACUGUGCAUGUUCCAGCGCGCAUCAGCGGGCAAACCCAUGUGCCUGAGAAUGUGACUGUGGUGGUGAGGAAUCCAGUGGCCCUCACCUGUGAGGCAUCUGGCGUCCCCCUCCCUGUUAUCACCUGGCUCAAAGAUGAUCGGCCAAUCAUCACAUCGAGCUCUGUCCGCGUCAUCUCAGGUGGGCGAAGCCUGCGUUUGAUGCAUGCCACAGUGGAGGAUGCUGGGAGAUACACCUGUAUUGUGACCAAUGCUGCUGGAGAGGACAGGAAGAACUUUGACCUGGAUGUACUGGUUCCCCCCAGCAUUUUAAAUGAAGGUGUGCUACAAGACGUGAAAGUGAAGGAGGGACAGAAUGUCACCUUGACCUGUGAGGUUACCGGGAACCCGGUGCCUGAGAUAACAUGGCUGAAGGAUGGCCAACCGGUGGUGGAGGAGGCACGGCUCCAGGUAAUGUCACACGGGCGCUUCCUGCACAUCAGCGAGGCUCAGGUGGUGGACACUGGCCGGUACAGUUGCCUUGCAUCCAACAGUGCUGGAGACAGGAGCACACACUUCAACCUCAAUGUCCUUGUUUCUCCCACCAUUGCUGGCUCUGGACCAGAGGGCUCUUCUGAGGAGGUGACUGUGACUCUGAACAGUCCCACAUCUCUUGUGUGUGAAGCUCAAUCCUACCCACCCGCCAUCAUCACCUGGCUUAAAGACGGAACGCCGUUCGAGUCUAGUCGGAAUGUCAGAGUGCUGCCAGGAGGCCGCACUCUGCAGAUUUUAAAUGCACAAGAAGAAGAUGCUGGCAGAUACACGUGUGUGGCUACAAAUGAGGCUGGAGAGACCCUGAAGAACUACGAGGUCAAAGUUUAUAUUCCGCCUGUUAUCAGUAAGGAUGGUCUAGGAGAAGGAUUUGCCCCCAAAGAGAUCAAGAUUAAAGUCAACAACACUCUGACACUUGAAUGUGAGGCUCAGGCCAUCCCAACCCCUUCUCUACAAUGGUACAAGGAUGGCCAGAUCCUGAAGGCAAAUGGCCGCAUUACAAUAACAACUAAUGGUCGUAUAGUCCAGAUUAAACAGGCUCAGGUGUCUGAUACAGGCCGGUACACCUGCGUUGCAACCAACAUUGCUGGGGAGGAUGAGAAGGACUUUGAUGUAAAUAUACAAGUUCCCCCUAGUUUCCAUGGAAAUGGGGGCUCCAAGUCUGGCCCUGGCUCUGCUGGAGAGGUGAAGGAUGUAAUUUUAAAUAACCCCAUCUCCCUCUACUGCGAGACCAACGCGGUCCCCCCUCCCACACUCACGUGGUACAAAGACGGACGGCCACUUACCUCCCAUGACAGAGUUCUCAUCUUACCUGGUGGGAGAGUGCUUCAGAUUCCCCGAGCUCAAGCUGAGGACUCUGGGAGGUACACAUGUGUGGCUGUUAAUGAGGCUGGAGAAGACUCAAUCCAAUAUGAUGUCAGAGUGUUGUUGCCCCCCUCUAUCCGUGGAGCUGACAGAGACGUCCCUACUGAGGUGGUAGUGUUGGUGAAUAAGACCGCACUACUAGAGUGCCAUGCGGAUGGAAGCCCCACUCCUAAAAUCAGCUGGCUCAAGGACAGCCAGCCUCUGCACACAGACAGGACACACAUACUGCUGUCCAAUGGCAGGACACUGCAGAUUUUGAAUGCUCAGGUGACUGACACGGGACGCUAUGUGUGUGUGGCUGAAAACAUGGCUGGAAGUUCAGAGAAACACUUUAAUCUCAAUGUACAUGUUCCUCCCUCCAUACUGGGUGUAAGUGCAGAGAAUGCAACAGUGGUGGUGAAUAAUUUUGUCUCUUUGAGCUGUGAGGCCACCGGCUUCCCACCUCCCACUCUGAGCUGGCUCAAAGACAGAAGACCGAUACAAGCUAAUACCAACGCUCUUAUCAUGCCAGGUGGCCGUACUUUGCAGAUUUUGAAGGCUAAGAUGUCUGAUGGUGGGAAGUACAGCUGUGUAGCCAUCAAUCCAGCAGGAGAGGCCCAAAAGCUCAUCUACCUCACAGUGUUUGUGCCCCCCAGCAUCAGGGAUGGUAGCGGAGACUCACCUGUAGUGGUCAGUGUCCGUGUGGGGAAUUCAGUCACUCUGGAGUGCCGUUCGAACGCUGUGCCCCCUCCCACUAUCAGCUGGUACAAGAAUGGACGCCUCAUCACCGAGACUGCCAACCUCCGCAUCCUUGCGGAUGGACAGAUGCUGGAACUUAAGGGAGCAGAGGUGUCCGAUACUGGCCAGUACGUCUGCAAGGCCACGAACAUAGCAGGCCAGGUGGACAAGAACUUCCAUCUUAAUAUCUAUGUGCCUCCAAGUAUAGACGGCCCGACAGAAGAGCAUGUGGUGGAGACCAUUAGUAACCCGGUGACCUUCGCCUGUGAUGCCACGGGCAUCCCCCCUCCUAACCUUACCUGGCUAAAGAAUGGCAGAGUAAUCGAGAAUUCCGAGUCUCUGGAGAUGCAUAUUCUGUCAGGAGGUGGUAAGCUGCAGAUUGCCCGCUCGCAGCUGUCUGACAGUGGCACCUACACCUGUCUGGCAUCCAAUGUGGAGGGCAAAGCCCGCAAGAGCUAUCACCUUACCAUACAGGUGCCUCCCAGCAUCAUAGGUUCAGAGCUGCCUGGCGAGGUGAAUGUCCUGCUGAAUGACAGUAUCCAGCUUGUAUGUCGGGCAGAAGGGACUCCACCCCCCACCAUCCAGUGGCUGAAGGAUGGGCAAGCUCUAAGCCGAACUGGCCUCAAGAAUAUUAGAAUCAGUCCAGAUGGCAGUACAUUGACGGUAACAGCUGCCCACACAGCAGACAGUGGCAAAUACACAUGUUUGGCCACCAAUAAGGCUGGUGAGGAGGACAAGGUCUUUAAUCUUAAUGUCUAUGUCCCUCCAGUGAUACAGGGUAACGGAGCCGUGGCUGAGGCAUUAACUGCAGUGUUGGACAGCUCAGUGAACAUUGAGUGUAUGGCCAGUGGCUCCCCUACUCCUCAGCUCAACUGGCUGAAAAAUGGCCUGCCCCUGCCCGUAUCUGCCCACUUACGACUGCUUUCUGCUGGACAAAUCCUCCGCAUUGCCCGUGUUCAAGUGUCAGAUGAAGGCACUUACACUUGUGUGGCCUCCAAUCGUGCUGGAGUGGACAACAAACACUACAGUCUGCAGGUGUAUGUUCCCCCAAGUCUGGAUGGAGCAGGAACGACAGACGAUGUGACAUUGGUUAGAGGGAGCGUAGUGGCUCUGGUGUGCAUCUCUGAUGGGACCCCCACCCCUACGGUCUCCUGGCUGAAGGAGGGCGCUACUCUGCCUUUGGACUCCCACAUCACCCUGCUAAACUAUAACAGCACUCUGCAGAUAUCCGACAUCCAGGUCUACAACACAGGACGCUACACUUGUGCUGCACGAAACCAAGCCGGAGAGGCCCAUCGCCACUUUAACCUCAAAGUGCUGGAUCCUCCACGGAUAAAUGGCUCUGGAUUCCCCACUGAGGUAUCAGUGGUGGUGAACCAUGCUCUGGAGCUCCUCUGUGAGGCAGAGGGCAUACCUGUCCCCACACUUACCUGGGUGAAGGAUGGCAGACCGCUGCCCCAGACGGAUGGCUUGCGCCUCCUCCGUGGAGGAGAAGUGCUCCGGAUCAGCUCCGCACAGGUUGAAGAUACUGGACGGUACAGUUGUUUGGCCACCAGCCCCGCAGGGGAUGAUGACAAAGAGUUCCUGGUCAGAGUGCAUGUCCCACCCAACAUUGCUGGAGAGAGCGGUGUCCAAGAUGUAUCGGUGCUUCAGAACAGGCAAGUGACCCUUGAAUGUAAAUCAGAUGCUGUGCCGCCUCCCACACUCUCCUGGCUCAAAGACGGAUCUCCACUUAAGGUGUCUCCGCGGGUGCGUGUGCUGUCCAGUGGCCGGUAUCUGCAGAUCAAUAAUGCAGAGCUGGGAGAUGCGGCUCGCUACACCUGCAUGGCCAGCAACAUCGCUGGGCAGACAAGGAGGCAUUUCAAUCUCAGUGUGAAUGUUGCUCCUACUAUUAAGGAUGGUCCUCAGGCAGUGUCAGUACAUAUCAACCAGCCGGCGGUUCUGGAGUGUAUUGUGAGUGGGGUCCCUGCCCCACGUGUGACAUGGAGGAAACAUGGAGCCAUUCUGGCUGGAAAUAGUCCCAGGUAUAGGUUUGCUCAGGAUGGCUCUCUACAUAUCCAUUCAGCCCAGGUGACCGAUACAGGCCGUUAUUUGUGCAUGGCCACCAACCAGGCAGGCACCCAGCGCAAGAGAGUGGAUCUGCAGGUUUACGUGCCCCCCUCCAUUGCUGAUGGUCCCACUAAUGUCACGGUAACCGUAAACAUCCAGACAACCCUGUCCUGUGAGGCGACAGGUAUCCCCAAGCCCUCCGUCACGUGGACCAAAGACACUCGCCCUCUGAACACUGACCAGAACCAGAAUAUGUACAGAUUGCUCUCAUCAGGCUCGCUGGUUGUCAUAGCGCCCACGGUAGAAGACACAGCGCUGUAUGAAUGUGUGGUGUUCAAUGAGGCAGGUCAAGAGAGCAGAGCUAUCCAACUCACUGUACAAGUGCCACCAUCUAUUGCUGAUGAGGCCACAGAGCUAGUGGUUAAUAGACUGUCUCCAGUGGUCAUUGGCUGCACUGCAUCUGGGGUGCCCGAACCUGUCCUGCACUGGAGCAAAGAUGGGAUGCGACUUGCGAAAGAGGGAGAGGGGUACAAGACACUCCCGUCAGGUCCUCUAGAAAUCACCGCUGCAGAGUUGAGUCAUGCUGGGCGUUACUCGUGCUUUGCUAAGAACGCUGCUGGAUCUGCCCAUCGUCACGUCCAGCUCAUUGUGCAGGAGCCACCAGUGAUUCAAGCUCACCCCUCAACACUGGAUGUGAUCCUGAACAACCAUAUAACCCUGCCAUGCCGUGCUGUGGGCUCCCCUCGCCCCACCAUCACCUGGCAGAAAGAGGGCAUCAACAUCUUCACCUCUGGAGGUGAUUUCACUGUUCUGCCCAGUGGCAGCCUGCAAAUCUCAAGGGCCAAAGUGGAAGAUGCUGGAACCUACAUGUGUGUGGCCCAGAAUCCAGCAGGCACAGCACUGGGCAAAACAAAACUCCGGGUGCAAGUUCCUCCAGUCAUCACCUCAAACACAAAAUCCUAUACUGUGGCUGUGGAUGGCUCAGUGACUCUGCAGUGCCAGGCCAAGGGCUACCCGACACCAUCAGUGAGCUGGCACAAGGAUGGACAGCCGCUGGCUGAGUCUGUGCGCCAGCGUGUUCUGAGCUCUGGCUCUCUGCAUGUGGCCUUCGCCCAGCCGGGAGACACGGGCAGAUAUACCUGCACUGCAGCCAAUGUGGCUGGGAGCAGCAGUGUGGACAUGAGCCUCACUAUACUAAUCCCUCCCUCCAUCCGAGAAGGUGAACCAGAGGUGUCCGUGGUGGAGAACACCCAGGCCCUGUUGUCAUGUGUGGCGGAAGGCGUCCCUCAACCCAGCCUAAGCUGGGAGCGAGAGGGCAUCCCGCUGACAGAUUCAGUAGGAGAAUACACGAUCCUGCCCUCUGGAGAGCUUAUUAUAGACACCAUUCAGCCUGUGGAUGCUGGGAGUUACACAUGUGUGGCUUCCAAUUCAGUGGGGCAGGACAGUCGGACCAUCACUCUAUCUGUGCACACGCACCCAGCUUUCACUGAGCUUUUGGGAGAUGUUGCUCUCAACAAAGGAGAGCAGCUUCUCCUUACCUGCGGGGCCAUUGGCAUCCCUCCACCCAAAAUUACCUGGUCAUUCAACAAUAACAUCAUCCCCGCUUAUUAUGACCAUGUGAAUGGGCACAGCGAGCUUGUGAUUGAGCAUGUCAGUAAGCAUGACGCAGGCACAUACACCUGUGUGGCAGAGAACCGUGUGGGAUCCAUAAAAUCUCUGGGCUUCGUCUAUGUCAAAGAGCCACCUAUUAUAGACGGAGAUAUCCAUUCAAACCAUAUUGAGCCUCUGGGCGGGAAUGCCAUUCUGAACUGUGAGGUGCGGGGAGAUCCCCUGCCCACCAUCCAAUGGAGCAAGAAGGGCGUCGCCAUUCAGAUCAGCAACCGCAUCCGCCAACUGGACAAUGGCUCUCUGGCCAUUUAUGGCACUGUGAGUGAGGAUGCAGGUAACUACGUGUGUGUGGCUACAAAUGAUGCUGGAGUUGUGGAGAGGACAGUCACUCUCACCAUACAGAGUUCUCCUGUCUUCACGGUGGAGCCAGUGGACACAGUGGUGGAUUCAGGGUCCACUGUAGUGCUGAAAUGCCAGGCACAGGGUGAGCCCAUACCUGUCAUCGAGUGGGCCAGCCAUGGGCGCCCCCUGCUGAGCAAUGACCACAUUACCACACUGUCAAAUGGCUCUUUGCGGCUCAGCAAUGCUCAGAAAGAGGACACGGCUGAGUACGAGUGUGUGGCCCGCAACCUGAUGGGUUCUGCCCUGGUGCGCAUGGCCCUUACAGUACGCGUACAUGGAGGCUUCUCUGAGUGGAUGGAGUGGGGUGCCUGCAGUGUAUCCUGUGGAACAGGCAUUCAGAAGAGGCUGAGACAGUGUAACAAUCCCCGGCCUGCCAACGGUGGCCACCAUUGUGCUGGCUCAGACUCUGAGACCCGCAGCUGCAAAGGCAAACCCUGCCCAGUGGAUGGUCAGUGGUCUGAGUGGUCCGAUUGGGAGGAGUGCUCUCGUACCUGCGGUCAGGGGAACAGAACAAGGAUUCGAACCUGCAGCAAGCCUCCAGCACAGCAUGGGGGCAGGGCCUGUGAGGGCAGAGCAGUGGAGGUCAUCAUGUGCAGCAUCAGACCUUGCCCUGUGGCUGGGAACUGGGGUACCUGGUUACCUUGGAACCCUUGCAGUGAGACUUGUGGCAAGGGAAUGCAGACGAGAAUCCGGCUAUGUAACAGCCCCCCACCCUCUUUUGAUGGACCCCCAUGCAAGGGAGCAGACACACAAACUCAAGUGUGCACAGAGAGGAACUGCCCUGUGGAUGGUAAGUGGUCGUCCUGGGUGAGCUGGGGAGCCUGUAGCGUUUCCUGUGGAGGUGGAACCAGGCAGAGGACACGCCUCUGUGCAAGCCCAGCCCCUCAGCAUGGAGGAAGGCAGUGCGAAGGAAAUGAUAUCCACAUCGACUUCUGCAAUAGUGAACCAUGUCCUAUCAAUGGUAACUGGGGCCCAUGGAGCAGUUGGGGCAGCUGCAGCAGGACUUGCAACGGAGGUCAAAUGCGUCGCUACAGAACGUGUGACAACCCCCGACCAGCCAACGGGGGUAGAGCGUGUGCUGGAACAGACACAGAAAUCCAGAAAUGUAGUACAGCAAGUUGCCCUGUGGAUGGUAACUGGGGUCUGUGGCAGCCAUGGGGUGAAUGUUCGGCCUCAUGUGGAGUUGGGGAGCGGACAAGGGUACGGCUCUGUAACAGUCCAUCUCCUAGCAACAAAGGCCGUUCUUGCCCAGGAGACUCCACACAGCUAUCCAAGUGUAAUAUCCAGCCAUGUCCAGGUGGUCCUCAGAAGGCCAGGGGAAGUGUAAUUGGCAACAUUAAUGAUGUGGAAUUUGGCAUUGCCGUCCUCAAUGCCACCAUCUCCAGUAGUCCAUCAGGAGGGAAAGUGGUACAGGCCACCAUUACCAACAUACCCAGGAACCUAGGUCCUGCUAUGAGAAAACUGAUAUCUCUGCUAAAUCCCAUCUACUGGACCACAGCACAGGAGCUGGGUGAGGCUGUCAAUGGCUACACCCUCACAGAUGGCGUCUUCAGACGAGAGACUCAAGUUGAGUUUGCCACAGGGGAAAUCCUGAGGAUGACUCAUGUGGCACGGGGACUGGACACAGAUGGUGCUCUGCUCUUAGACAUUGUGGUGAAUGGGCAUAUCCUCCAGUUGCCCUCCAAUGCAGACAUUAGCCUCAAGGACUACACAGAGGACUACAUCCAAACAGGUCCUGGGCAGCUGUAUGCUCUGUCUACUCGUAUGUUCAGUGUAGACAGAGUGAGUGUGCCUUAUUCCUGGAACCACACCAUCUCAUAUGAUCCUAUCAGAGGCAAGAUGCCCUACCUGGUGCAGACACUCCAUGCCUCUGCUGUCAAUGCUCAAUACCGCCCUCUAGAGGAAAUACUGGAGUUCUCCAUCCACACAACUAUUGUCAAGGGUGAGCGUAGUAACCAGUGUCCCAGUGGCUUCCUGUUAGACCCAGCUGGGCCCUACUGUGCUGAUGAGAAUGAGUGUGUGGAAGGCAACCCAUGCUCCCAUGCCUGCCAUAACGCUAUAGGCACAUACUAUUGCUCCUGCCCCAGAGGACUCACCAUCUCUGCUGACGGCAGGACAUGCCAGGAUAUUGAUGAGUGCUCACUGAGCGGGCACUUGUGUCAUGAUGGACAGGACUGUGAGAACACCAUUGGCUCCUACCGUUGUGUGAUGCGCUGUGGGCGGGGUUUCAGGAGAACAGCUGAUGGCUUGAGCUGUUCAGAUAUAAAUGAGUGUCAGGAGUCCAGCCCUUGCCAUCAGCACUGUCUCAACACCAUCGGCAGUUUCCGAUGUGCCUGUGAGCCAGGGUACCAGCUCAGGAACCGCCGCUGCAUUGACAUCAACGAGUGUAGACAGAGAGUGUGUCGCUCAGACCAGCAGUGUAAGAACACACGGGGUGGCUACACCUGUAUUGACCUGUGUCCUACCGGCAUGACCAAAGGAGCCAACGGCACCUGCGUAGACAUUGAUGAGUGUCGAGAUGGCACUCACCUAUGCAGGUAUAACCAGAUCUGUGAGAACUCCAGGGGGAGCUACCACUGCACCUGCCCCAGGGGCUACCGCUCCCAGGGUGUGGGUCAGCCCUGCCUCGACAUUAACGAGUGUGAGCGGGUGCCGCUGCCCUGCGCUUACCAGUGCGUGAACAGCCCGGGCAGCUACAAGUGUCUUUGUCCUCCGGGGCGUCACCUGCUGGGCGAUGGAAAGUCCUGUGCUGGGCUGGAGCGCUUACCAAGCUAUGAGAGCUUCUCGUACGGCUUCCGCACCUCACAGUCCUCCCCUGAGCAUCGCUACCACAGCCUGGCUUCUCAGAGCUACCACUCCUAUGCUGCUAACAGGGGGCGCUACAGGCUUAGCACUGUCCCCUCACGUUCUCGCAGGGCUGUUAAGGCCUGCCCUCAUGGCUUUAGAGCACGUGGGGACCAGUGCCUAGAUAUCAAUGAGUGUGAACAGAGAGACACGUGUCAGCAUGAAUGUAUGAACACACCAGGCAGCCACAAGUGUUUGUGUCCCAAUGGCUAUCGCCUCAUGACCAAUGGCAAAACCUGCCAAGACAUUGAUGAGUGCUUGGAGCAGAAUAUUCAGUGUGGUGUGAACAGAAUGUGCUUCAACAUGAGAGGCAGCUACCAGUGCAUUGACACACCCUGCCCACCAAACUACCAGAGAGACCCUGCCACGGGCUUCUGUCUAAAGAACUGCCCCCCCAAUGACUUGGAGUGCGCUCUGAGCCCCUACGCGCUGGAGUACAAGCUGCUGUCUCUGCCCUUUGGUAUCGCCGCCAACCAGGAUCUGAUCCGUCUGGUAGCCUACACACAGGAUGGAGUGAUGCACCCACGCACCACCUUCCUGGUCAUAGACGAGGACACCACACUGCCCUUCGCACUUCGUGAUGAGAACCUGAAAGGCGUCCUAUUCACCACCCGGCCGCUGCGCGAGCCGCACACCUACCGCAUGAAGGUGCGGGCCCUGUCCUAUGGCACUGAUGGGGGCAUAGAGUAUCAGACCACCUUCAUUGUCUACAUCGCCGUCUCAGCCUAUCCCUACUGAGAGCACUUUACCAUGACUGGGAGAGAGAAAAGUAGAAAUGCGCUUUUAGUGCAGGACUCCGUGUGUGCGCGUAUGUUUGUGUGUGCAUGUGUGUGUGUGUGGAUGCUAUUGUGUGUCCAGUUGUAGAUCCGCCACUUGAAAAGCCCACAGAUGUAACUUCGUGCCUCAUAGAGUGAGGUGCUGAGCUGCAGUGCCCAGUGGGCAGGUAAUUGUUAGUAAAUAAAGAGGACUUCGCAUUAACCCCUGGGGCACGCCAAAGAAAAAACUGCUUUACCUGCAGCUGGAGCCUGAAGACUGCAGGUUCAGAAGAAAGCCAAGCAAGUCCUAUGUGGUUUGGACAGUCCUCCUUGCCAGAUUGUGUAAAGUCAUUCUUUUCCAGAUAACGGGUGGUGGAGAGAGAUAAAAAGGACAAAUGUACAUGUAUGUCUACCUAUUAACUUAUUGGGAAGGGCUUGAAAAAUGAGAGGCAGUAUUUUUUUCCCAACUGUCUGGUUGUUAGAGCAUUCUGUGAAAGCUGAAGAAGACUCACAUUUUGGGACUGGUCCAGAAAGAAGCUUGUUAUUUGUGCAGUAGCAUUUGCCCAGUAAAAUUCAGGGGUGAGGAACACCACCAAAGAUAAUCAAACAUAAGUAUUUAUCUCAGGUAAGCACUGCCUUCCCUCUAUAAAACAGUUCUUGUCCAUGGCAACAUGGCUUUACAUUUUAACUAUGUACAGGACUUUAUAUAUUUGUUUUUGCAACAGAAUUUCAGCAUUACAAGUUAAUACACAUUUGAUUGAUUUUUACAAGUCCAUGAUAAGAUGUAUUCUAUUUUUAUGAUUUGUAUAUAAGUAUUUGGUUUUCAUUCUGUAAUAUGUUUCUGUAAUGUGUUGUACCCAUUUUUAAAGCAAACAAUAAAAGUACAAUCCAAAUAGA